AUGAGUCCCUGGGUCUUCGCAGCUCAAGCAGUCAGUGAUGACUUAGGUCGCUGUAAUCCGCCGUCGACGUCCGCCUCCGCACAGGCACAAGAGUGCUGGAACUCUUUAAUUCCGUCGCCAGUUGCCGCCACCAAGCCAGCCACCCAUCAGCUCACUCAACUCCCUGAGGAAGACACACGUGUCACUGCCAAUGCAAGCACUAGUUCCCUGCUUCUGAGGUCCAGCACCAGUAUCGAUCAUGGAAGGCCCAGCACAAGUCGCGCUGGCACGGAGCAAGCAACAGCCAUUUUAGAAGACGGCGCCAGAUUUCCUGAGACUUCCAGUGUUGGCCAAUGGAACACGCAGUACCACAUGGCUAAUGGCACAUCCAGCGUCCCCGGAACGCUCCAGCCUCGUGACUUGUCGCACAGUGGUGAAUUGGCCCCUGUGCUUUCAGGGCACACAGACAAUACUGAAGACGGAAGCACCGGAUUCAGACUGCCGGUCUACAGCAGCAGCGGCGGGGAUGACGCAGUGGCCAGCGCGAUCAGCGCGGGCAUCGAGGAAGCAUCAGGCGUAUUGGGAAACGAAGCUCGGUUCUUCAGCCAUGUUGCCUUCGACAGAAAAUACUUAUAGUGACUUUUACGAAAUUAUCCAGCCGCAGUGUAUGCAUAGGAACAUUUAUUUCCUGUAAACUUUUUUCAAUGCAUUGAAUAUUUUGGUUCUCUUUGGCUCUUGUAUGCUUAACGAAAUGUUUGUUCACUACCAUAAAUUAAGCUGAUGACAGUAGUGAGACUUUUAAAUUCAGAUGGUUUGGAGCUUCCCUAUAUAUGCUCUCCAUGAACAAAAUUUUUAGUUAUUGUUUUAUUUUGGUAGAACCUCUGUCAGUUUUAAG